ACUGCAGUGAGCCCAAAAAUGGCCUCAACAACGCCGUCAGGGGAUGAACCUCCGACGACCGCCGCCUCCGGGAAUUGGCGGUUUACGUGGGAAGCUCAGUCGCGUACUCCGAUACUGCGCUUACUCUUAUUCAAACCAGGCGUUAAACCCUCUGCUCAAUGCAGAGACCUCAAGCUCAGUCUUCUCCCUGAGAAAUCGUUUCUUGAGUUGUCGUUUUGGGAGAGUGAUGUCCGAAUGGAGGCCAUUGUUCGGGUCCCGCUCCCUCGGGUGUUGGUUGAUCCCGAAGCUGCUCUCCAAGUGAAAGCAUUUGAUGACCACAUUGAAGUUAAGCUCGUUUUGUUGCUUCCGGUCGACCAUCCUAUCGUUUCAGAAUUCGAUUCAAUUCUUAAUUUCGAGGAGAAAGGGGAUGCUCUUCCUCCUCUGUCACUGGAUUCUGAUUUGAAGAAAUUAUCUCUUAUGAAGGAGGUUCACUUCUACUGCAGAAAUUGCUCUUUUAAAUUGACCAAGGGUCUCAGUUGUUUCGAGGAACUGCCAUCUGUUAAUUGGCGAGAUGUCGCUGACAAUUGGUUUGGGAAUUGUUGUUGCUCAUUUGUUGGUGUAAGUGAGAAGCUUGUUGCAAAAUAUGCUAAGUCCUACACUUGUGCACCGGGAUUAUGCUUCUUGAACCCGACAUCUGUUCUUUUAUCCAAGGAUGAUCUCCUCGGUUGUAGUUUUUCUGAUGCGCCAAUCAAGCAAAGCCAUAAGUCUGAUCUACAUUCCCAAGAACACGUUGAAAGUUGUAGCAGUUUACGAAAUUCAUUCGAUGAUAGUAGUUUAGCAAGUGUCUUUCCUACUUUGAAGAUUGAUGAUAAGAUAGUGGUUGCAAAUGAGAAGAGUCAUACAGAAUGCUGUCAUGGAAAAUCGAAUGCUGAAGAAACACCAGGAACCACUUUAAGUGCAGAAAUUACUAAAGCAAAUGCUGAACUGUUGGAAACUCAGAAAGUAUUUCUGAACGGUUAUCUUGGAAAUGGUUUCAUGGUUAGAUCUUCAGGCCUUUCUAAUGAUAUCCGGUGGGUCGAAUUUUGCUGCCCAGAUUGCUCGUGUCUUAUAGGAGCUUAUCCUUGUGUUGAUGAUAAUGCGCCUCUAGAUGGUGGAAUUCGUCUAUUCAAAUGCUGUGUAUCAACUUGUGUUCCCUGCAAUCUAUCUGACGAUGCAUUCAAGAACUACACCCUUGAGAGAAUGUUUGCUAGUCAGUUGCUGGAAAGUGCAGAAGAUGAACUAUCGUACAGAACUAUUGUUAGAGACAUUCGAACUAAAUCCAGCGUUCUUCAAAUUAUUCUUCUGAAUCCUAAUUCAUGGAGCUGUUGCUCUACCGAAUCUGCUGCUGAUAAGCUUGUUAUGCUUCCCAGUAUCAAAGUCCUUUUUUCUGCCUCUGCUCACGACACCGAACAUAAUUCGAGGACUCUCGAAGACUGGGUUCGUAAAAAUCAAGCCGAUGAAAUCUACAUGUUUUCAACUCAAAUACACAAGAUAAUUAGAAUUCUCGAGGAGGCCAAUAGCCUGUAUCCGCCAUCCUGCGCUUCAUUACAGGGUUUAUCGAUGUCUAGCUUGAGGAGAUAGAUAGCGACUAACACAAACAAAUAUACCCGAGAUUCACUCACAUCCCCAAGGAGCAAAGCAAGUGAAUUAGGCAAUUAGCAACGGUAUGUGUCUGCUAGUUCACUCUUUCAGCCAAAAUCAUAUAUACAUAUGAAUAUAUAUCUAGAUAUAUAUUUACUACGGAAUCAACAGUCAUCAACGCCCUUCAUCCACUCUAUAUGUGGCUUGACAUUUUUUAUACUUAUCCAAUCAGUGUUAGAACUUAUUUCAUUCUCUAUAUAUCAGUUCUUGAUCAAAUUUGGGAUGCAAUUACAUGUGUAUUUGAUUUGAUGUAUUGUGAGAAGAAAUAUUAUUUGAUAAAGAGCUCUGAAAUGACAUUUCUGUAAGUUCCAAAAGUGUCAGAUGUAGUUUUGCAGUCGGGACACCUGUAAGCCCCGAAAUGGCAUAUCUGUAGAUUGUCUGCAAGAAAGAUCCUUUCUUUGAAAUCUAUGCAUAUCUUGUUGAUUUGGGGACUGCAAUUUUAAUUUGCCGACACUGCCAGGACACUUGUGGAAAUUUCUGUGGAUGUGUUGAUUGAUCAAUCCAGAAACUCUACGUGGCAUUCCAUUGAUUUGCUUAUUGCAUCUUCUCUGCUACAUUUGUAUGUAUAUGUAUAUACAUAUAUAUGCCAUUGGUUAACUACUAAGUUGCAGAUCAGAGAAGGUACCAAGUUUCAGUGAGUAUAUUUUGAGAAUAUGGCACAGUACGGCGAGCAGUACGGGCGGCAGAGCGACGAAAAGUAUGGAGUCCAUGGAGGAGAAUAUGGAACUACUGGAAACACCGGAGGAGCUUACAAGACGGAUCAAUAUGGGGCCGCCGGUGGUGCUGUUGGAGGUUACGGGAUGACCGGAAACCACGGGGCGGAGGCCGGAAAAGUUGAUGCUGGAAGGGAGGAAGGCGGCCACCACCGCCGCUCUGGCAGCGCCUCCAGCUCGGCAGUCUUCGGAGGACGACGGGCAAGGUGGGAGGAGGAAGAAGAAGGGCCUGAUGGGGAAGAUAAAGGAUAUGCUCCCCGGCGGCGGUCACAAGACGGAUGGUGCCGCCGCCGCCGCUGGACAUGAAGUGCACGGCGGCGCCGCCGUACACCAUGAAAAGAUUUGAAGAUGGUGAAAAGGAUCCAAGACUGAAUUAAUCAUGUAAUUAAAGCAAUACUUCACCGUCUCUGUAAUACAUAUAUCUGUGUGUGUGUACGUUUUUGGCGUACGAGGCUGCAAUAAGCCGCCAUUCUCAGCUACUUACAUGAGAAGGCAGGCGUGUACUGUAUGUAUUGUAUGUGUGUGUAUAUAUAUAUAUAUGUUUGUUUUGAUGUA